AUGGAGAACUUCUCGGCGCUGUUCGGCGGGGCCGAGCCGCCGCCCGCCACCGCAGCCGCAGCCCUGGGCUUCGGGCCUGCCAAAGCGGCGGGAGCAGGGGCCGCGCCGCCUCCCGCCGCCGCCGUUCCGCCGCCGGGCGAGGACGCGGCCCGCAAGGCCGCCUCCGGCCCCUUCUAUCUGCUGCGGGAGCUGCCAGGCAGCACGGAGCUGACGGGCAGCACCAACCUGAUCACGCACUACAACCUGGAGCACGCCUACAACAAGUUCUGCGGCAAGAAGGUGAAGGAGAAGCUCAGUAACUUCCUCCCCGACUUGCCCGGCAUGAUCGACCUGCCCGGCUCCCACGACAACAGCAGCCUACGCUCCCUCAUCGAGAAGCCGCCCAUCUGCGGCAGCUCCUUCACGCCCCUUACCGGCACCAUGCUGACCGGCUUCCGCCUGCACGCUGGCCCGCUGCCGGAGCAGUGCCGCCUGAUGCACAUCCAGCCACCCAAGAAGAAGAACAAGCACAAGCACAAGCAGAGCCGCACGCAGGACCCCGUCCCCCCAGAAACCCCCUCGGACUCAGACCACAAGAAAAAGAAGAAGAAGAAAGAGGAGGAUCCAGAGCGGAAAAGGAAGAAGAAGGAAAAAAAGAAAAAAAAGAACCGACACAGCCCCGAGCACCCAGGGGUGGGCAGCUCGCAGGCCAGCAGCAGCAGCAGCCUGCGGUGAGGCUGCACUGUGCUGCUCAAUGGAGCUCCCAGCCCCAGCUGCCUGCUGUGGACUCAUCCCUCUCACAGAGCACAGCGGGGAAGUGUGGGCAGUCGUGGCCCCCACUUGCAGAGAGCAUGGCCCUACAACCCCCCUGCCUGCACUGUGUGGCCGAUGGGGACCUGGUGACAUGGACAAUGCUGGAAUGGGGGUUCCUACCAUUGGCCUCUUAUACCUAAACAACGUGGUGCAUUGGGAUCUCUCUUUUUUAUUCACCUUUUAAUUAAAGUCUGCUCUGAGGAAGAGCUGGUGCCAGUGGCGGCUCUGACUGUUGGCCAAUGGGGCAGGGCAAGGAGCAGAGGCCUUGGCGCAGCCCCAUCAUACUCCAGCCCUUGCAGCUUUCUGGGCUGUGAAGAGAAGGGGGCAGGAGGACACAAGUGACCUUGGUACAGCACUGUGUUCCCCAGGGCUGCCCCUGUGGGGCUCCCACAGAAGAGCCAGAGCCUCACUGAGUCCUGGGACAUAUUCCUGCUUAAUGCCCUGACAGCUCCACUUACCUACACUACAGUAGGAGCGCUGUGCCCCAAAGUGCCCUGAGGAAGCUCAUCCCAGCUGCGAGGCCAAAGGCGCUGUGGCAGCCCUGGGAGGCUGGGCCCAGCUCUCCUCGGCCCCCUUCCUUUCCACUCCAGAGGAGGAAGGUAAAGCAGAAAAAUGAAGGACAGGAGCCUUCAGGGAAUCCUCCAUCCCUGGACACCACACAAAGCACACGCAUGCCCGCUGAGGUGGCUCAUUAAAUAUCCUUUUAUUCCUCGUUUUUAAAAUGGCUAAUAAUAAUAAUAAUAAUAAAAAAAAAACAAUGGCAUGGCUCUGCGGAGGCCACAGGAGAGAUAUUGCCAUAGAGAAAGA